AUGUUUCUUACCAACAAGGCCAAAACGUUGGUGAUAGCCAUCUUUGGGACUGCCCUCCUAGCGCUGCACUACUUGAUGUCCCUCCGAUUUCUUACCCAGGUGGUACUGGUGGCCACCUAUGAUAUUGAUACGAUUUUUAACGACCGGUUUAGCGUCAACGUUCUCACCAACAACUGCAGUCGAAAUACGAACCGUAUCGUAGCGUUUUUCCCAGAAUUGGCGGUUUGGAAUGAUACCGUGUGCACCUUGAUGCCCGACUCGGCGUCCUACGUUUCAGGGCCCCCGGUAAUGGGCGAUGUGGGGCUGUAUACAAAGAAAUAUACGCGUGCAGUCAGACUGUGUGCCUAUGGCGACAAGAUGUUGUGCUUGUUUCUAGAAGACGAUAUCACCUGGUUGUUCGACGUAGACGAAACCAAGCGCAGACUCGUGCUCAACACCAUACUGUAUUAUAGCAACGAUGACGCAACUUGGGAUUGCUCCAAGUAUGGUAUAGGGUGGUUUAAGACCGGAGCCACCGGUAACAAGUUACAGUGCAGAAUCAUCAGCAAGGAAACAGCGAGCUGCAUGGCGGGGUACAUGGACCGCAGCGGUAUUCCCGCAGAUAUUGCCCUCCGUGAUGCAUCCAAGGCGUGUUCCGUCAGGCAGGGACGUUUUCUUUUGGUCCAGCAUACAGGUGGCCGAAGCAUCCUCAAGCAUUAA